AUGGGGCCCUACAAUCUCUCCACCUUUGGCUUGGUUUCUCAUGGAAAUCCCCAGCAUUUUGCUCCCUUUCCUCCUCUUUCCCUUUGGCCAACACUUCACAAAUCCCAAAGCUUUAGUUCUCAUGUCUCCUUUCCUCCUCCGCUACUUCCACCGCACUUUGAUCUACCCUUUCCGCCUUCACCAGAGUACCACUCAACAGAAAAGCAAAACCACUAUUGGUUUCCUGGAUUUGUGCUUCAACUAUUGAACACUUACUUGCAGGCUAGGUGGGUUUCUCAUUAUAAAAGUGAUUAUGAUGGCAAGGGAGGUUUGUUUUGGUGGAAGUUUUUUGGUGGGCUGGUGCUUUUUCUGUGGGGCAUGAGGAUUAAUUUGUGGGCUGACAAGGUUUUGUUGGGUUUGAAGAGGGAAAGUGGUGGAUAUAAGGUGCCAAGAGGAGGUUGGUUUGAGUUGGGCUUGUGCCAAUCACAAGUGGGUAUCUGGAGAAGUUUGGAGAGGAUUGUCCCAAGAACAGAAAAGCAGUGA